CGCGGUGACCUCUCGACAACAUGGCCGAUACGCAGCAAGCAACUCAAGAUGCGCAGCUAGUCGGUGAAGCCGACGAGCCCGCAUGGGAGGAGAAGCAGUACAAGGAAGCGCUGGCGCAUCUCGAGAGACUCCAGGAGCAGAUUGACGGCAUGAGGCGGACUAUACCAUCGAUGAUAGAGCCCAUGGCCCGACCGGUGCCUGGCAAGGACAAGGCUCGCCUUGUCCUGCAGAUGAAGACCGCAGCUGUGCAAGCUGUAGAUGAAGUCCAAGCAUUACGAAACAAUUGGAACUCUGGAAAGACGCAAGCGCUGAUCACCAAGAGUCGAGAGAGUUUCCAGAAGGAUGGUGAUCUCAGCAAAGCUGCCGACAUAUCACGCUACGGCUGGGCAGAGGAUGUCAACAUGGAUUGAAAAGCUACUAUGCUAUGGACCUUCGAUCAACGACGCGAGAACUCGAAAUUCUACCCGGUCCUAUUAAUGUUGACCAAAUAUGCCACCAGGAUUCCGUCAAAUGGCAAUCCCGAUUUUACCCGAGUGCACGAAUUCAGCGCAACGGCCUUCCACCGGGCCAUCUCCCAGCACUAGGGUCAACAGUCGUAUGCCACUUCCCAUCCCACAUCCUCCAAGCAGUCGGAAUCGAAUACUUGCCUCUCUGGCCCUGAGAGUAGUGCGCAUCACUCCAAAAGCCUAACCGAUUACUCCCCUUCAGGUCAUCAUACUCCCUGGUCCGAAAAUUGUACACCUGGUCUUUCUCCCUCCGUGCCCAUGGAGCAUGAUAAUUCGUUUUCGGAUACCAAUCCAUAUCCUCACUCGCACCUCUCCAAUUCGCAUCCCCAACCCAUCGCAAACCAGUCUUAUCCCAACCGCUCCAAUGAUUCCUCGACGGCACAUCCCUCAUGAAUGUUCUCCGAUCCCCAUUCGCCACGACAAACACAUCCGGUCCUUCACCCGUCAGGGCGUCUUUGAGUCGUCCCAGGGCUCCGUGACGUGCACCAUCGAUGGGCCGGACCCAGUAUUUCUUCGAGCGAAAACUUCCUUUGGAAAAUUUGUGGCCGCCUUGAUACCAACCCGGUCCUUGACCUGCAAUCCCGUUGGCGCGGUGGUGGAUGAAGGGCUCUUCGCGGGGAGCGGUACGGCGGUGGCCGAAUUCGGGGAGGAAGGGAAAGCCGUUGUAGGCAGCUUGUUGGUAAUUUUCUGCGAGAGGCUCGUUGUGAAAGCGGUGAGCCAUGAUGAUGGACAGUCCCUGAUGGAACGGGGCUUCAAUGUGCAACGCUGAUGGUGAUCUGGUAUGCAAGUCUGAGCGUUGGACUUCAAAAGACAGAGAGAAGAGAGAGACACUAUAGUCAGCAGUCAGCGCAAAAGAAUCUGUCCGUCCGUCUGUCCGUCUGGUAUCGUGUUUUGAUGAUCUCAAUGGAAACGGUGGUAGUAAAAAGCUUGUAUGCAAAGAAAACCGUCUGUCUGUUAUACAUACUGUAAUAUAUGUAAUAUAUUGUAUAUACAGUACAGUACAACAC